AUGUUCCGGCCUUCCAACUACUACAUCGAGGAGACCAACUGCAUGACGCCUCGCCGGGUUGAUGCCUCAAACUGGCGGGGAGGCUAUGGUGUGGGAGCUGGUCGAAAUCACGCCCAAGGACACUAUCACUCCUUCAACUCGGACAACGGCCCCGAAUAUCUGAUGAUGGAACCGCAAAUGUCGGAGCGUCAGGCGAGCAGGGAUACAGGUGUGGACACGACGGGCUUCUACGCCUACUGCUUGGAUCGCGGCAACGGUAACUUCACCCGACUCAUCCCGGCCGACUUGCUUCCGCCCCUAGCUGGCAUUCCAGCUGUACAGACCGGUGUUGAUGGUAUGCUUGUUCUUCCACUCCCUCGGGGAUCAGAGCCUCAUAGUCUGUCUGGAAAUCCUCUCCAGCCAGUUGCUUUCAAGAGAAGAAUCGAUCACAUUGUAGCUUCCUCUCCCACGCCGCCAAAGAGACCCAAGAUCUAUUGCGACAAAUGGGUUCACGAGGGCGUUUGCGCCUUUACGCAGCAGGGCUGCAAGUACAAGCACGAGAUGCCGCUCGACAAGGCGACACAGAACUCUUUGGGCCUGUUUCAUGGACUGCCGGCAUGGUGGAAGAAGCAGCAGGCCGAGUUGCAGCGGCAGCAGUCGCAAACACUCCUGGAGCCUAACGGUUCUGCAACAUUCUCUGAUGCUCGACAACAACCACAAAGUGGUCUCGUUUCGCCCAUCAAGAGUGAAAAGGGUUACAUUGGUCUGGCGAGAGCCUCGCAGUCUUGGCGCAGGGUCGAGGGAGUCAAGCUUGAGCCUCAAGGACAGAUGGGUUCAGUGUCAUCCCCAAGACAGACUGCAGGAUACAGACCCUCUGCUGAACCACGUUCUUCGUACCAGCAGAAGGCCGACUCCCCUACUCCCUCCUGCGUCUGGGGCCCGAUUGGUCCGCCUUCGAAGCAAACACCCGGCCAGAGCCAGAUGUGCCAUCAGAACAUGAGCAAGUUCAACGCAGCCACCAAUCUCGCGCUGCUGAGCUCCCUGGACAUGAACAUCGGCGAGAAGGCUGGCAAUCUCACUUACGAGUAG